AUAUGAAACGUCAAACAGUAAUGGCUGCCGACAUGGAUGUCAACACGUCAGUCGCUUCCAGUUGCUAAAUGUGACACCUUUCUGAUAACUUGAGUACAAUGAGUUGGUGGGACACAAGCAACUUCACCAACUUGGCCUCCCAGGCCUUGAAGAAUGCACAGAAGACCAUUGACAAGGCUUUAGACAUACCGGCAUCUGAAGAGGAUGCAAAAUCGCAAGCAGCUGCCAAAGUAGCAUCAGCUAGUAAACAGAAGAAGACAGAAAAGCCAUCUGGGGCAGGUGGUGGGGAUUUCUGGAACUCCUGGCUUGGAGCUGGGCAGGAGCCAGAGGGAAAAGAAAGCACACCCGGAGAGAAUCCAGAGACUGAUAAAAAAGGAAAACAGGCCGCAGCCACCUCGCCCAGUUCUUGGAAUUAUGGGUGGGGUGGGCAAUCAGAAUCUGACAAGGGUUCUGAAAGUGAGACAUCAUCACCAUGGUCAAGCUAUGAUCUUGGAGGACUUAGCUCCAGUGGCUCAAAAAGUAAAGAAGGGAGAAAAACGAAAACUGAUGAGAAGAGUAAAAGCCCUGAUGGGGAAAAGGCACAUGGACCUCUUCAUCUGGGACAGAAAAAGUCCUUGAAAUCGCCAAGAUCCAGUACCUCUGGGCCUGCUGGCAAAGACACUGGGGUAUCUUCUGUGACAGAAUCUGUGAAAGUUGAUGAAGAGGAAGGUAAGAGAAAGGAGGAAAAGGAUGUGUUGCAGGAAGCGGAUGUGUUGCAGGAAGCACCUACCACCACCAAGGUUUCUGCGGAUUCCUCGGAAGACACGGAAGCAUUUGGUUAUAAGGCCAGUGAUCCUGAACCACUGGACAUGAGAGGAAGUGAUAUUCUAUCUGAAAAGGGAUGGAGGAAUUCUGAAAAGGAUGGUGGUGAUAGUGGGCCACCCACAAAAAGCGAGGUUCAAAUCUGGGCAGAUAAUUGUGUGAGUGAGGAAGGGCUUUUGAAGGAAACAGAUUUUCAGUACUCUGAUACCUCAGAUGCUGAUGCGCAUAAUGUGAAUACGUUUGAACAGGUACUCGCCUCAGAUUCUGUGAUACCACCAAGGAUAAGCCAAACCGAUACCACUCAUCCAACUUCAGUUGAACAGCCAGAUCAUUCCAUAUUGCCAGAUGACAAUACAGACACUGCAAGAAGUGAAAGCAUUAUUUCAGUUGGUGAAAACGAAACAAUAGUAUCUUCUACUGAAGAUAGCCUGGACACAUCUCAGAGGGUGGUCCUGGACAUUCCUUCGGAUUAUACAGAACAGAUUGGGCCCAGCACCCCAUUAUCAUCAGAAGCUUCCAUCAUCACUUUGUCCAGUCCUGGUCAAGAUGACCUAGACGACCAGGGCAGCCCUCCCCAAUCCAUAUCCAGUCAACAAAUCACAUCUGAAUACAUCAACAUCUCUACCACUCAGAUUCAGGCACCUCUGGAUAACAUGGACACCUUGUGCAGUGUGGACACGCCAUCCGUGGAGAGCAUAGCAUCGGAAAUGGACACAGCUGAUGAAAGUGCUCUGGAAAGGGAGUUCCUGGAAAAGGAGCAGAUUGACCUUGGGCAGUCCAGUGGGAAUGACUCAUCGGAUGCUUCGAAGCUCGACAGUAGUAUGGACACGUGUACUUCGGGGGAGACUGUGGUUGGUCACAGUCCUGUUGUGGGAAGGGAGAGUGAUAGUGACCAUGAACAUGAUGUUGAGAAAAGUGAUGAGAGUUUCCCCACAACUUCUCCCAAUUCAUCUUUUGUUAAAAAUAUGUUGGAGGAGGCUAUGGAGGAUGUGUCCAAACCUGAGGAUUCCGGAAGUGAUAAUCAUUCCUGUGGUGAGAAAUCGGAAAGUUCUAAAGUGGAGUCUGAGAUUGAUAAGAGUAUAAGUGGACAAGAGUCCAGUGAUGACAUUGAAACAACCACUUCAUCAGACAUUGAAAUCAUAUCAACACCAACACCAAAUGGAGAUAAGAAUGAACGUCCAUUUGACUUGUCUCCCUUGAGAAUUGCCCUGCAGAAGACUGUACGACGAGACAGGGAGACGCACAGUCACCGGCGGACAGACAGUCAGUCAAGCAGCAGUACUUACAGCAAGGCGGGAGAAAGUGAUCAGAUGAGUCCAGGUCGGGACAGUCUGGAGCGGCAGGAUCUCGAAUCUGGGGAUGAAGACCUGCGUGCCCCUGACCUGUCUGCUGUGAAGGAAGAGGACAUGGACAGCCCCUACCAUCCCCAGAAGCUGCUCCAGGGUGUUUCCACCCAACAGCAACAUGAAAUAAUAAAGAAGCUAGCAGAGCAGGCGGAGGUCCUCCAGCACCGGGAGAACAAGGUGGUGCAGCUCAGCAAGGAGAACAAUGACCUGCUGGAGACCAACAGCAUCCUCCGGAACCAGCUGCAACAGGUCGAGGAACUGCGGGAGACUGAGAUGACCGAUCUCAACAUCCUCACAGAGGAGUUCACAAAGAGGCUGUCGGAGGCUGAGAAGAAGCUGCAGUCUUCUAUCAAGGAAAAGGAAGCUUUAAAACGACAGCUUCAAACAGCACAAGAUGAGUUGAAGAAAAGUGCCAGUGAUGUGAGCCAGGAGAGUCUGUUGGAGGAGAAGGAUGAGCAGAUAGCCGAGUUGCUGCAGGAAGGGGAGAAAUUGUCUAAACAACAGCUUCAAAGUAACAAUAUUAUAAAGAAGUUGAGAAGCAAGGAGAAAGAAAAUGAAUCAGUGUUAUCAUCACAAAAGAAGAAGCUGGAGGAGCAGAAGACGGAGCUUGAGCAUCUGCGUAAGGUGUGUGAUGCCAAGGACGACCUGGAGAAGAAGCAGAUAGAGGCCAUCAAUCAGCUGAACAAUGCUGUACAGAAGCAAGAGAAGGAGCUGCUGAGGUUCAGGAGUGACCAGGAGGACGUACAGGAAAAGGAGAGAAGUCUACAGACGGCGCUGGAGAAUGCUUACAAAGAGAUUGCUGACCUCCACAAGAUGAAUGCGGCCCAGGACAGCAAGGCCCAGGAGGCUGCCCUCAGUGCGGAGGUGUCGGUGCGGGAGGCUCUCAAGAUGGACAUGGAGCAUGAGAAGAUGAGGCACAAGCAGGAGCGAGAGGGACUGAUUAUGCAGAUUGAGGACCUCCGGCUCACCAUGACAAGGAUGGAGAAGGACCACAACCGGAGGGAGGACAUGCUCAGACAGGAGAUCUCUGAUCUGCAGAUGCAACUGCAGGAGGACGAGGCAAGGACCCAGGAACUGUCCCACAGUGUAUCAUCAGCUACCCGGCCGCUGCUGAGGCAGAUAGAGAACCUCCAGGCCAACUACACCGCACAGUCCACGUCCUGGGAGAAGGUGGAACGCAACAUCACAGAGAGGCUGGCGGAUGCCCAGGGCCAGCUUGCUAUGGCUGUAGAGAAGGAAAGGUCAGUGAGCGAGAAACUGAUGGAUCAGAACGUCCGUCUGACCACGCUGGAGUCCCAGACGGCACGGCUCCGGCAGGAGAAGUCCCAGCUCCUGGCACAGGCCGAGAUGGACAAGGCUAAGAUUGAACUGUUGGAGGAAUCGAAACUCAAUGAAAUGGCUCAGGUUGAUGCGGUCAAGAACAAGAUGUCGAAGGAGAUUACUGAACUCAAGAAAGACAAGGUGUUCCUGGAGACGCAGGUGGAGAUGGAGAAGAUGAAGGUAGAAACGGAGAAGAAGAGGGUUGCCAUGAUGGAGGACCAGAUCAGGCUGCAGGAGCGAGAAGGUCCCAAGUCCCGGGGCACACCCUCCCCAGUGUCCGUGUCCAGACAGGAGAGUGUCAGCAGCUUCCAGGCACAUCCCGAGUUCCUCCCUGUGCUGCCACAGGAGGAUCUGUUAGAGCGGACGCUGAUGCUGUCAUCACCCAACGGCAGUAAGAUGAACCUGUAUGAGAGCCUGAGACAGAGCGGGGCGGCCACCCUGUUGGAGAACCUGCAGUCACAGUUGAAGCAGCGAGAGGGAGAGAUCAUCCAGCUACAGAGUGAGAUUGGAUCACUUGAACGAACCCGAGAGUCAAUGGCAAAGGAACUUGUAAAUCUGACCAAUCAGAAUGAAGACCUUGAGGAGCAGGUACAGGAUUUGCCGCACGUGCAAGACCAGUACAAGGAUCUGGACCAGCGGUACAACGCCCUGCUGCAGAUGUACGGGGAGAAGGUGGAGCAGGCCGAGGAGCUCAAGCUGGACCUGCAGGAUGUCAAGGACAUGUACAAGGCUCAGAUUGACCACCUGUUGGCCAAGUGAGGACAAGAGACAAAUGCGACAAGUGCAAUACUGGAGUAUGGACGGACCUGCAGCCGGUGUUGACCAUCAGGACGCUGCUUCAGACAGAGGCCCACCUCAUCCCGAGCCACAGACUCCUGUUGUUGCUGCAGUAAACAUGCAGUAGCACUACCUUGACAUGGGAAAUAUUCAAAGGAAGAACCAGGUCCUUUACUUGGUGGUGUUGUGCUGCUUUAGUAAGAAUCAAAUAUUGUGGUAGAUGUUGCUGUUUUCUCCAUAGUCUUCAUUAUUGCUAUACCUCUGGUAUGGCGUUGCUGGGUCCAGAUAGCAACACAUAUGUUGGUGUCUUCUGUAGGAGUAUUGUCAAACAUUGCAUAAUAUGGGCUAGUACGGUAUAAACCAGAAAUGGUCACAACCAGUAUUACCUCCCCUUGACCUUGUACUGGGAUCAGUUUGCAUGGAUUAUUAAGUUCAAGUUCCAGAGAUUGUUGCUGCAAGAUGAUGGUAUCACGUAUUCUUCACCGAUGUGAGUCUGCCAAGUAAAUACAGAGGGAAGGUGUACAACUGUUUUGAAUUAGAGGACAAGCUACUGUUGCUGUAGUGGAAAUGUUUUGAGACACCCACUAUUAAAUAUAGUCAUGACCAUCACUUUUUCUGACUAAAUAAUGCAUUGUAAACAAAUCAUGCAGUGAGCUUCCAUAUACUCGGACAGUGUGUACAUGAGAACUCAAGCCAUUUUUAAUGUGCUGAAUAUGUUUUGGUUGGGUCUUGGUUCCUAUUGUUGGAGUUUAGCUCCUUAAGGCUUAAAAAAAUAAAAGAAUUGGUUCUCAGGCCAUUGCUUUUGAAAAUAUAGUGCGGGUUUGUGGACGGCAUCUUUGUUUUGGUUGUUCAAACUCGGAUGUAACCAUAUAAACAGGUGUGUAACCAGAUAAACAGUGGUGUUCAAUCAACCUGGGACAGUGUCUCCCUACCUAAAUGUAUUCCUUGAUGAGUAAAAUACUGGAAUACAGUGUUUGACUACCGUUUGACUUAAAGGAUUUUUUUGGGUAAAAAAUGGAAAUAAAAAUGUGUGGCAAACUUUAUGAUGAUGCGGGCGGUGCCUGAGAGCAAAUGCUAUCUUAGAUAGAGAUCAAUAAUCCUUGUAACAUAUUCAGACUUCGAAAAACAUACAAUGAGCAUUGUAUAUGUACCAAUCAUGAUCAUCCAUCUCAACAAUCAAGCUACACUUUUUCUGCCUCAUACACGGCUCUUGCGACUAACAAUUAUGCUUGUCGUAAAGGGCGACUGACGGGAUGGGGUGUUCAGGCUUACUGACUUGGUUGAUACAUAUUAUUGUAUCCCAAUUGGAUGGAUCGAUGCUCAUGAUGUCAAUCACUUGAUUGUCUUGUUCAGACUUGAUUAUCUACAGACCGCCAUCAUAUAGUUGGAAUAUUGCUGAGUGUGGCAUUAAACAACAAACAAACAAACAAAUCCUCUGCAUGACCUGUCUCUCUUCAGUUCCAGUUCAAGAGUUUUGUCUUCCCACAAUGGACCCAGGGUGUGACUGACAGUUUAACAGUAUCUUUACAGUUACAUUUGCUUGCUUAUGCUUGAUGUUUUUAAUCACUGAUUGUUAUUUUAUAACAGUGAUCAAAAGUGGGAUUCGUAUCACUUGGAAGCUGAAUUAUUUUAUGUUUUAGGUCAAUUCUUCUGUGAACUUGUUCAGUGUUAACCAGCAGUGUGAAGCAGUGUUAAACAUGCCAUGUCUUUCAAAGCUCUGUGAUUCAUUGUUGUAGCAAUGAAGUGCUUCUACACUAUUGUCCAGUCCAGUGUAUGUAUAUAGUUUGUUGCAGCCAGCUGUGCUUGAAAUUGAUCUUCAGCAACCCAUGUUUGUUGUAAAAGGCGACUAACAGGAUCGGGUGGUCAGGCUCACUGACAUGUCAUUUCCCAAUCGCAUAGAUCGAUGCUCAUGAUAUUAAUCACUGGAUUGUCUGGUCCAGACUCAAUUAUUUACAGACCGCCGUCAUAUGGCUGGAAUAUUGCUGAGUGUGGCGUUAACCAACAAACUGUGUGACCCUCCAGAAAAAUAUAUAAUAUUUGGUUGUAGUGGUGUCAGCAGCCAGGUGGCACUUAUGUGUUUGAUAUAUAUCACAGGUAUGCUUCUAGAUGUCAUGACAUGUCGGAUGUAAACUAUUUAUUAUUGUACAUAGACUAAGAGAUGCCAUGUGGUGUGAAUACUUGUUUGUUAUAAUGGGGGAUCAACAUGCUCUAUAAGAGGGAAAUAAAAUGAAAAUUAUUAAUGAA